UGUCAUGGCGACGCCCAGAGCAGACGACUGGAGUUGGUUUCCUGCAUUAGCACUCGGCGUUUCUUUCCUGAAAUGUAUUUUGAUAAACGCAUAUCAUUCCACAGACUUUGAGGUUCACAGGAACUGGCUCGCCAUCACUCACAGCCUUCCUGUGUCAAAAUGGUACCAUGAGAACACCUCAGAGUGGACCCUGGACUACCCUCCUUUGUUUGCCUGGUUUGAGUAUAGCCUGUCCCACGUGGCUCAGCAUUUUGACAAGGAGAUGCUGGUGGUGCAGAAUCUCAUCUACACCAGUCCUGCUACCAUCCUUUUCCAGAGGCUCUCUGUCAUCGUGACGGACAUAGUCUUCAUUUACGCUGUCAAAGAAUGCUGUAGAAGUGUGAGAGAAGAAAAGGGUUCCAAGGACCUCCUGGGGCAUCCAUUUUUCAUCCUGGCAGCUCUGCUUUUGUGGAACUUUGGCCUCCUCAUCGUUGACCACAUUCAUUUCCAGUACAAUGGAUUCCUGUUUGGAAUACUACUGCUAUCAGUGGCAAGACAUUUACAGGGCAGACACCUGGAGGGGGCGUUGCUCUUCACUGUUCUCCUGAACCUGAAACACAUCUACCUGUACAUUGCUCCUGCCUACGGGAUCUUCCUGCUGCGGAGUUACUGCUUCACCAAGGACAACACAGAUGGCUCUGUGAGAUGGAGCAGUUUCAGUCCUGUUCGUCUGGUAGCUCUGGGAUCUAUCGUGAUCUCUGUCGGCGCCCUGUCCUUUGGUCCGUUCAUUGCUAUGGGCCAGCUCCCCCAGGUCCUUUCCAGACUCUUCCCCUUUAAGAGGGGCCUGUGCCACGCCUACUGGGCCCCUAACGUCUGGGCCCUCUACAACAUGGUGGAUAAAGCUCUGUCUGUGCUGGGUGUGCGUCUGAAGCUGUUGGAUGUGGCAAAGCUUCCCAAAGCCUCAAUGACUGGUGGAUUGGUGCAGGAGUUCCAGCACUCCAUCCUCCCCUCCGUCUCUCCCUCCAUCACACUCAUCUGCACUCUGCUCUCCAUAAUGCCUGCAGUGUUGAGUAUCUGGUGUCGUCCGCGUGGUGCCCGGGGGUUCCUGCGCUGCCUGGUGGUCUGUGCCCUGGGCUCCUUCAUGUUCGGCUGGCAUGUCCACGAGAAGGCCAUCCUCAUGGCCAUACUGCCCUUCAGCAUACUAGCAGUUGAGAGCAGAGAGGAUGCUGGGAUCUUCCUGAUGCUGACCACCACGGGGCAUUACUCUCUGUUUCCACUUCUCUUCACUGCAGCAGAGCUGCCCAUUAAAGUCCUGCUGAUGCUGCUGUUCACGCUCUACAGCUUCACCUCCUUAAAGAAACUGUUCAGGGGUUCCCUCCUUAACCCUCUGGAAACCACCUACCUCCUGGGCCUGGUUGCCGUAGAGAUCCUCUGUGAGGUUGUUUACCCUCUGUCGCCGUGGCAGCAUACCCUGCCCUUCGUGCCCCUGCUGGUGACAUCAGUGUACUGCUCUCUGGGAGUCUCUUACUCCUUCAUACGCCUCUACGUCUCUCUAUUGAGGCAGCACGGGACAGACAAACACAAACAACUAUGAGACAGAGAGAGACACUAGUGAGUAGUGACCAAUUCACAAUCAACCCCUUUGUUGUAUCCCAAAUAGUAUACUAUUCCCUGUGUAGUGCAUUACUUUUGACCAGGGCCAUAUAGAAUGUCAUUUGUGAUGCACUCUUUGUCUUACAUUGGUGUGUAAAGAAAAAAGGUGGUGUUUCAAACUUUCUGCGAUGCUGUUACUAGUCCAUCCAGAGCAGAUCUUCAAGUGUGCAUCUAUAAGUGUAGUUUCGGGAUGGGAAACACCAAGGAACAGUCACUUAUAAAUGCACACUCGAAGAUCGGCUCUUGAAGGAUGUAUCAUAGCAUGAAUAAUAUGUCUGUCUGAAUGUGUGAAAAAAAGAACUUGUACCAAAUGCAUCUCAAAUGACAAUGGAAAAGUGGGGAAAUAGUAUGGAAUGGGAUGAAGUUCAUGCUGUAUUUCUUAUGUUUACAAAUAAAAAGAUAAACAGA